AUGUCCUACCUAUAUCCUAGGCAAGACGCCCUCCAGAAGACCUUCGCCAGCCCGGCUGCUUUGGGCCAGUCUCAGCAUGGCGUAAAGGCAAGAAGCACACCGUACCAGGCCCGCCCAGAGCUCUAUGGAGCUUGGUCCGUUGUCGACGAUGCUAAGAGCAAGACAAACAAGCUGGGGGCAGAGGCGACCAAGGAAUUCGAGAAGGCCAGCGCCGCAGCCCAGUCAAAGGCCGGCAAGAUCGAGCUGUAUUCUGGCAAAUACUACGCGGCUUGCACCUUUGGUGGAUUGAUGGCCUGUGGUCUCACACAUACCGCUGUCACUCCUCUGGAUCUGGUCAAGACCCGGCGUCAAGUUGACUCGAAGCUCUACAAGGGCAACUUCCAGGCAUGGGGAAUGAUCUACCGUACUAAUGGUCUCCGUGGCAUCUUCACCGGCUGGAGCCCGACUUUCUUCGGUUACUCUGCCCAGGGUGCCUUCAAAUACGGAUGGUAUGAGUACUUCAAGAAGACAUACUCCGACUUCGCAGGUGCCGAGAAUGCGUACAAGUACAAGACCGGCAUCUAUCUCGCCGCGUCUGCCUCCGCCGAGUUCCUCGCCGACAUUGCCCUCUGCCCCUUCGAGGCCGUGAAGGUCCGCAUGCAGGGCUCGAUCCCCUCGCCGUACACGGGCACUCUAGACGGCAUCAGCAAGAUCACGGCCAAGGAAGGCUGGAGCGGUCUGUACAAGGGCAUCUACCCUCUGUGGGGUCGCCAGAUCCCCUACACCAUGAUGAAGUUCGCCUCGUUCGAGACCAUUGUCGAGAUGAUCUACGAACGCCUGCCAGGCCAGAAGAGUGACUACAGCAAGGCCGCGCAGACCGGUGUGUCCUUCACCGGUGGUUAUCUGGCUGGAAUUCUGUGCGCCAUCGUUUCCCACCCUGCCGAUGUCAUGGUCAGCAAGUUGAAUGCAUACCGCGAGCCCGGCGAGGCAUUUGGCGCUGUGGUUUCGAGAAUAUACAAGGAUAUCGGUUUCGGCGGGCUGUGGAACGGUCUCCCUGUCAGAAUCGUCAUGAUUGGAACAUUGACUGGUCUGCAGUGGAUGAUCUAUGACUACUUCAAGAUCUUCAUGGGCCUGCCCACAACUGGAGGUGCCGCUCCGCCGCAGGAGAAGAAAUAG